AGGCAUGAUUUUGACUUUCUCAAAGUUUUCUUAAUCUCAAAUCUUAUCAAUGCUAUUCGCUUUUCGUCCCCUAUCUAUGACCCUUGUUUUAUUAUGAACACGACUACAACCUAGCAUAAGCUUUAUUAAAGAAAAUGUUUAGCUGAUGUUGAUGACCCCAGACAAGCUUAAGUAGACCAAACCCAAUUAUGUGAUGCAGAAUAAAAAGUGAAUCUGCUAAAAAGAAGAAACCAACGAGUACAUGUCGUGCGUCAACGUUGUUGUUUUCUACUCACGACAUGUACUUGUUGGUUUUUACAUAGCCUAAGUCAAUGUUGAGUUGCCUUAAAUAAAGUACGAACGAUUAAAUGUGGAGAUGAUCAUGAUAGGGUAUAAUUCCGAGGACACGGGUGGUUCUUACUUCUUCGGUCACUUCGUGGCUGUCUUGGUAAGAUGUGACAAGUCUCCCCUAUCUAGGCGGAUGCGGGUGCGGCUGCGCUAAAAACGAACGUCUCAGAAAGAGAAGCGCCUAGGGAAACGUCAUCAAGGACACUCGAUGGGAUGACGAACAUUCACGACGUGGACCUGCCUAGCUAGAAGAUAGGGAGCCUCUUCAUCUUCUGCUGAUGAUAUAUUUUUAGACAUUGACCUAGCAGUUCGUUGUCGGUUUCCUUUAUAAGGUAACAGUUUCUUACUGUUGUUGGUCAACGUACGUCUUCAAGCGUCCGUGGAGAAACCCUCAACAAGAUGACGGACCAAGCUGGGCAGUUCGUGGAGAGUGGGUGGGCGGUGAUGGUAGCCAUCUUCUGCAUCCUCUUCGUGUUCGGCAUAACAGCCUACAAUAUGUACCAUCACCUGUACUAUUACUCCAAACCGCACCUGCAGACUCACAUUCUACGAAUUCUCCUGAUCACGCCGAUCGUGGUACUUAUAGAUACUUAAGCUUUAUUUUGAUGUCAUGAGCUUAAGUAUAAAGUAGUUAUAGGUGAACAAGAUGGACACGAUCAUCUACUGAGGACCUAGAAUAGAAUAAUGAUGUUGCGAUAUUACAGCAGUGCUACCUAUUUGAGUUAAACGGGCAGGUCAUCGUCAUUAGCACGACCCUCUUCGAUACAGACACAGGGGUCUCAGUCAUCAUGGUUAACAUUGUGCCAUCUUCUCGCAGGUCUUCUUCUCCUUUUUCGCUUUGACUUUUCCUGAAGGGCGAUUCCCCAUCAAUGUGCUCCGCGACACCUGGGAAGCUGUUGUCAUAUACAGCUUUCUUAUGCUAAUUCUGGAAUACAUGGGAGGAGAGCAUUUGUGCCUCAACAGCAUAUCCUCUGACUCAGCGGAUUAUACGGAACCCGUAAAGGAGUUCCAUUACUUAAGGCUUCCCUUAGAAAGUGAUGAACUCUACUGAAAUAGAGAAAGUUAGCUGAACUCUACUGAAAUAGAGAAAUAUGUGAGCCGUAAAGAACGAUUAACUGUGGAAGAGAUUCUUUCAUCUUCAGAGGCAUCUUGGAGCGUUUGUUUCCCUAAGGAGAAAGCGAAAGCACGCCAGACGAGAUGCUCUCCAAACAACUCGUCACUUUUUCUCCCUUUUUCUCCCACACAGAAAGCAGAUUCUUUCAUCUUGCAAAUCUCUGUAAUAACUAGGUUGAUCAUCCAAUCUCUAAACUAUCCAUGGCCAUUCAACCUCUUUUUGGGUGCGAUACCGCCAGAGCAGAUGAUACGGCUACCGAAACGCUGUGCGCUUCAGUUCGUAAUCAUGAAACCGAUAAUGUAAUGAUCUUUCGACUGUUAGUCUUAUUCAUAUUUCAUAACGAGCUCAUGAAGAAACAAUUGAAAUUGAUUCCCUUUACCGUCUGCUUCUCCCCGCUAUGGAUAUCCAUUUAAGGUUAAGAAAAUCUAGUAUUUCUUUUGUUGAUGCAGUAGGAAUGUAGGAUUUUCUUCAAUCGUGACUUGCCAAAUGAUUGACUUUCGUCCUCCACAGGUCCAUUCUGGAGCUUUUUCUCUGGGCGCAGGGAGCACAAGAGCACAUAUUGGCCAUUUUGUUUACGAACUUCGUCUACAAUGUGUCCUACAGCGUUGCCCUUUUUGGACUAUACCUCAUCUACACCGCCAGUAAAAACCACGUGGCGAUGCAGGAUAAACAGUGCGUAUUGAAGUUCGCCACCGUGAAGAUGGUGGUCUUUUUAACCUUUUGGCAGGGAUAUGUCUUUCCAGUUUUCAUUUCGAAAAACCAAGAAGCAUGGCAAGACUUCGUGCUCAUACUUUAAGAACUCUCUUUCGCUCCUAGUGGUAAGUAUCUCCGUCAACAUCCUGCUCUGCGUCUAGUUCCUCUUAAUAAGUAGAGAUUUCGAGUACGAUAUGAGGCUAUUUCCCUUUCCAGGACUUCUCGUUUCAGGUUAACAAGAUUCGAUGAAAGUAAUGAAAACUACUUUACCUCAAUCUCUACUUCUAAUCUUCGGAGUGCGCAUUUUUCACCGCAUGCAUGAGUGUCGCGUUUAGCUGGCGCGAAUUUGCGAACGUUGUCCCUCCAAUAAAGGAGUACAACUCACCAAAAGACCCAGACAAGAUCGCUGGGGCUGGUGCAAGUCUCGGCGUCACUGCAGGAUCAACAAGAGGGUUUGCGACGUCUAGUGCAACUUCUUUCCCCUCCGCAUCAAUGCGGGUACUGCCAUCGAUGUCCGGUGGCGCGGCUACCAACGGGGCUGAUGCUGGGGCUGGUGGUACCACGACCCUUUCAGGGCAAGGACCCUUUCAAGGACAAGGACCCGUCACGACUUUUUCGACGGGAGGGUCACAGACGAGCAGCCACAACAACUAUCAGGUGGGUGGCAGUACUGGAUCCUCUACGGCAAUAAGAAUAAACGCGGCUACAAACAAUCCAAAGGGAGUUCCAUCAGCAACUACCACAACGACGUCUACAUAUCACUACCAGGAAGAUGGAGGUUCACGGGUUGAAUUAGCAACGCAGAGAAAUUCCCGCUUUUUUGAGUCCACUGCGCACCAGCUGACGCCAUCAUCAGCGGCUCAGCUCAUUAAGGCAGAAAGCCACCUAGAAUACGUCAAAUGAGUGGUCUAUGUAACUACAGCACAGCAACUGCUCUUUGAUUCUCAUUUGGUAUUUCUUAUCUAGGAACAACUAGUACUUCGUUCUAGAUACAACGCAUUUGUUAGGCGGGCAGAUCCAGAUUCCCUACCCCUCUAAGAAAAAAGGAGCGCCGGGCCAAAGUGACGCCAGUCAUGCUGCUACUAAGCUUCACGCAUCUUCAGCCCCACCCGCAGCAAUACCCGGUCCCCCAGAUGUUGGGAGUAGACGUGGUAGAGACCCACAUGGCAAAACAAUACUCGCGUCAUCGGGAGGACCGCCAGCUUUAGCAGGAACACAAAUAAAAUCCCCCUCCUCUCAACACACUCACUCCCAACAGAGUUAUCCGAUGAAUAGAAAUAGUGCUAAUCCUCAUUUUUCUGGUCUUUCUUCACCUUCUUCAUCGUCGCAUACUGGAGGAACGUCGCACAGGAAGACGAGUUUAUCCUCAAAAAACAAUGGAGCUCCUGGUGAGGUAAUUGGCAGUCAAACGCUAGGUCUUGGAGGGACUUCACCACUUGGACUCGAAGACGUAGAUUUUAGUCGGGCACCGCCGAUUGUUGGACAACAAGGUGUGAACAUGAACAGUGGUGAAGAAGUGAGUGGUGUAGGUGGUGCAGCUCCGACAUCAACAUCGGCGAAUAAUGUUAUGAAAGGGUGGAGCUUUUUGUUGAAUGUUGAUCAACAUGGAAGAGCAUGCAUCCAUGUUGAUCAAGGCUGGAUGGAUGCCGAGCCCAUCUGGAUUUUCCUUAGUAUAUAGACAGGGAAAAUCAAAAUCUUUCAGCGAGUGUUGACCUUACAAGAUUAAUCUACUUAGUAGUCUAAGGAUUAUACGAGCAGCUCUUCGAAGAACAUCAAGGAGCCACGCUGGCUCGCGAACGCAAGGAACGCGUUUCACCCAAAGGACCUGAUCAAUGACGCAAAGCGGAGUUUUUCCAUGCGGUAUAACCAGCACGUGUUGAUGGAAAUGGACGCCCAAGACCAUGCCUACGACGAAAUUCAACGCACGCGAGAGGAGAACGAGAGAAAAAUGGUCGCCAAAAUGAACACCGAAAUAGACUGGUCAAGUGCAGCUGCGCAAGAGGCAUUAGGCGGGGCCACUCAUGGGGCCACCCAUUCAAAUGAAACAAGUGGAAGUGGAAGUGCAACUUCUGGCACCUCUUCGCCGAGUAAAAAAGGUCUGGGUAGUUCUUCCAGCGGUAGUGCAGCACCAACUGGAGGAGACCGAGUCGCGCAACUACAACUGCAAGAUAAUCCAUCACCAUCGAGUAAAACCCCUGGAGGGGGGUCGAAAUCCAAAGCAUCUGCCAUGAUUGCUAAGCUUACUGGUGGUAUCGGAGCAUCGUCAAGUUCCAGCUCGUCUUCGUCUUCUCAAUCUGGAACCGCAACGUCAAACAAUGAGCGGGGGCUUCCAUCGGAUGCAUUAGCACCUGUGGAUGAAAGCCAGGGAGACGGAAUUUGAUUAUAACGCGCGAAAGUCAGAACGACCGCAACAUUUCUAAUUCAUUGGGAUAUUAAUCUAUCUUCUAUUCUAACCAAAAUAAUUAUAUAUAAUUUCUUAAUCAUGUUGACGUCACUUCGAUAAGAUGAAGCAAUUAUGUUGAGUUCUUCUUCGAUAUCAAGAAGCUAGUACAGAGUUCUGUUCACGCAAGUACUUAUGAUGCAUGUGAUGACCAUGAAGCUAAUGAGAUAAUACACGACAUCACAAGGACUAGGACAACAGGUGUGGUGUUCCGAAAGAGUGUUCAAGAUCAUCAAACCAGUUCGUCGUUGUUGAUGUUCGAAUGAGAAAUCGACAUCUAGCUUAUCAAGUUCAUCUUCAUGGUAGAUGAUCCAAAAUCGCUUUAAAAGAUCGUCACAAGAAAGAUCUCAAUCAAAAUCACUGAUGAUCAUCGCUUUCGUAGAGUUCACUGCACCUACAGGCUCCCAUAGGGUUCAAGGAAGUGUCAAAUGUCAGCCAAUGUUCUACCCAUAUUCUUCUGAAAUUUGCUUCACAGGCUGUCACACCAGAUUCAAGUAAAAAUUUGAAUUUAUUCUUUUUUCUACUGAAUUUACGUUUUUCUUUUCCUCCAGCAUCAUCAACCACGUACAUUAGCUUUUUCAGUAAGCCACCUUAUCUAUCAGGAGCAACAUCAUUUUUUAGUUGUAGGUUUUUUUUCCAAGUAGUUCAUUCAAGUUCGUUCUAGUACCUUUCUUUUUCUAGAGCCCAACAACAACAGCAUCAAAAUGAUCGAAGUAAUCCUGAACGAUCGGGUCGGCAAGAAGAUCCGAGUAAAAUGCAACUCGGACGACACAGUUGGGGACUUGAAGAAGCUUGUAGCGGCUCAAUGCGGUGUCCGACCUGAGAAAAUACGGAUCCAACAGUGGUACAAGGUAUUCAAGGACCAUAUCACCUUGGGGGACUAUGAAAUCAAAGAUGGAAUGGGAUUGGAACUGUACUACAACUAAGGAGGAGGUUUAGACGGAAUCGGAGUGCUGGAACUGGUCGAUUUCAUUCUGGCGCAAAACACAGAGGUGCAAUUGCCAGUAGUUCUUGCACCAGCCACCAGAAACAAGACUAAAAACCGCUUCUUGAAGAUGCCUCUGGUCGUUGUGAUGCUUCUACUUCUUUGUGUUUGUUGCUACAAUUCCUAGAAUCUUUGACAGAGUUACUACUGAUUAUACCUUGAACUUGGAGAUGAAGAUGAUGCGGUAACCCGACGUUUCCCCUUUCCCCGAUAGAUUGGAAAUGAAAUAAAGAU